CUGGAGGCGUACACGCUGACGCUCGGCGACGCCAUCGGGCGCUUCCUCGGCGUCAGCGUCGGCACCCCGCUGCAGCGGAAGCUCAGCAAGCUGGCCAUGCUGCUCUUCGGCGUGGCCGUCGUGUGCGCCAUCAUCGUGCUCGGCAGCAACCGGUUCGACGGCUCGAAGGAGGUGGUCAUCUACGCCGUGGCCACGGGCCUGUCCAUGAUCCCGGCCAGCCUCGUCGUCGUCCUGACCAUCACCAUGGCCGUCGGCACCAAGAACAUGGUCAAGCGCAACGUCAUCGUCCGCAACCUCAGGUCGCUCGAGGCCCUCGGCGCCAUCACCGACAUCUGCAGCGACAAGACCGGCACCCUCACCCAGGGCAAGAUGGUCGCCCGCGGCGCCUGGGUCCCCGGCCUCGGCACCCUCACCGUCGACCUCCACUCCAACGAGCCCCUCAACCCCACCACCGGCGAGAUCCGAUUCGACUCGCGCGGGCCCGGGGACAUCGACUUCAAGCGGGCCAAGGACGCGGCGGGGUCUGCCGACGACGCCGGCUCCGCGGUCGAUCCGGCCCGGCUCCUGCAGGACGGCGGCGCCCGCCUUCGGGGGUUCCUCGAGGUGGCCUCGCUGGCCAACCUGGCGACGGUGUACGAGAAGGACGGGACCUGGCACGCCCGCGGCGACCCCACCGAGAUCGCAAUCCAGGUGUUCUCGAGCCGCUUCUCGUGGAACAGGCUGUCCUUCACCGGGGGCGAUAGCCCGGAGUGGAGGGAGGUCGCCGAGUUCCCCUUCGACAGCGACGUCAAGCGCAUGAGCGUGGUCAUGGAGCGCAGCAGCACCGGCGAGAGGUUCGCCUUCACAAAGGGGGCCGUGGAGCGGGUCGUCGACUCCUGCGCCACGUACUUUGAUGACAACGGGACCGGGGAGGCGGCGGCGGUCGACAUGACGGACGGGUUCCGGGGCGAGAUCCUCCGCAACAUGGAGGUCCUGGCCGGGCUCGGGCUCAGGGUCCUCGCCCUGGCCAGCCGGAAGAUCGACUUCGAGAUCAAGGACGGCGACGACAAGGACCGCGCCAGGGUUGAGGAGGACCUGGUCUUCCGCGGCCUCAUCGGCCUGUACGACCCCCCGCGGCCCGAGUCGGCUGGUGCCGUGCGCCAGUGCCACGAGGCCGGCAUCUCGGUGCACAUGCUCACGGGCGACCACCUGGAGACGGCAAAGGCCAUCGCCAUCGACGUCGGGAUCCUCCCGAGGCGGAUGGAGCGGGUGAGCCGGGCCGUCGCCCACGCCAUGAUCAUGACGGCCGGCGACUUCGAUGCGCUCGACGAUGAUGAGGUCGACGAUCUCCCCGUCCUGCCCCUCGUGAUCGCUCGCUGUGCGCCCAGCACCAAGGUCCGAAUGAUCGAGGCCCUGCAUCGUCGGGGAAAAUUCUGCGCCAUGACUGGCGAUGGUGUAAAUGAUUCCCCUUCGCUGCGCCGUGCGGACAUCGGCAUCGCCAUGGGCCAGUCCGGAUCCGACGUGGCAAAGGACGCAUCAGACAUUGUGCUAACGGAUGACAACUUCGCGUCCAUCGUGGCGGCCAUUGAGGAAGGGCGCCGCAUCUUCGACAACAUCCAAAAGUUUGUCCUCCACGUCCUGGCCGAGAACAUCGCCCAGGCGGGAACGCUCCUGAUCGGGCUGGCCUUCAAGGACAAGCACGGCCUGUCGGUCUUCCCGCUGUCGCCCGUCGAGAUCGUGUGGAUCAUCAUGAUCACGAGCGGCAUGCCCGACAUGGGCCUCGGGUUCGAGCGGGCGGUGCCGGACAUCAUGAGGCGGCCGCCGCAGAGCCUUUCGACAGGCAUCUUCACGGGCGAGUUCUUCGUCGACAUGCUCGUGUACGGCGCGUGGAUCGCCAUGCUGUGCCUGGCUAGCUUCACGCUGGUGGUGUACGGCUUCGGCGACCGGUCCCUGGGCACCAACUGCAACGAGUCGUACUCGGCGGCGUGCGACACCGUGUUCCGGGCCCGCGCCACCACCUUCGCCUGCCUCACCUGGUUCGCCCUUUUCCUCGCCUGGGAGCUCGUCGACACGCGCCGGUCCUUCUUCCGCAUGCAGCCCGGGUCCAAGCGGUACCUGACGCAGUGGGCCCACGACGUAUGGCGCAACAAGUUCCUCUUCUUCGCCAUCAUCUUCGGCUUCGUCACCAUGUUCCCCACCGUCUACAUCCCCGUCAUUAACCACUCCGUCUUCAAGCACACGGGCAUCACCUGGGAGUGGGGCAUCGUCUUCGUCGCCGCCGGCCUGUUCUUCCUCGGCGUCGAGGCCUGGAAGUGGGCCAAGAGGGUCUACUUCCGCCGCCAGGCCCGCAGGUCGUCCGGCGCCGCCUGGAAGGACCUUGAUGUCGAGCAGCGCGUCUUUGGCGAGUACCUGGUUGACCACCGCGAUGAGGGCAAUGACGGUGAGCUCCAUGAAGUCGAUUGACUACGAAGGGGCAGGAAGCCCCGGUUUAGCUUGGAGGUGGUCGACGUCCCGUUGGUGGUGACGCUCGAGACUGUCGGUGGACGACGGGCUCCAUAUUGGAGCCUCGGUGACGGUUAUGUGGGGUUGAUGGCUCUCGUCGAGAGCCUAGAGACUAGUUCUGGAGGUGACAACGGUGAGAUCGGUGGCAGCGGCGAGAAGGGUGAAAAUGGUUGGCGGGCUGGGUGGACUGCUUUGGCGGUCAGGAAACAAGGCAUUACAGUUUCACUUCUCUACACUCCUUAUGCACAGUUUAAGCCAGAUGAUGGUCAUCGAUGCGAUGCCCAUCUAUUCAUAAAAAAGAGCAGAAAGCUCCUUGUAGUUGCAAUGCAGAAACACGAUCUC